AUGACUAAAGCUGCUAUUCAAUCAUCAAAUUUGUUCAAACCUAUCAAGGUUGGAAACACUGUGAUCCAACACAGAAUUGCCCAUCUCCCCACCACUAGAAACAGAGCCCAUCCAGGUGAUCACAUCCCCACAGAUUUGGAGAAAAAGUACUAUACUGACCGAGCCAAAUCUGGUGCCUUGUUAGUCACAGAAGCAACAAUUGCUACUCCAAAGUUGGGUUGGUACCCCAAUGUCCCAGGAAUCUGGAAUGAAAAGCAGGCCUUGGGGUGGAAAGAAGUGGUUGAUUCUGUUCAUGCUGCAGGGGGUAGGAUUGCCCUUCAAUUAUGGGGACUAGGUAGAGUUGCUAGUGGUGCUUUGUUAAAGACAAAGGGUUAUGAUUUUGUUGGUGUUAGUGAUGUAUAUGAACACGAAAAAUCAGAAAAGGAGGCUAUUGAGGCCGGAAACCCACUUCGUCCAUUGACUACAGAGGAAAUUGAGGAAUUGGUUGAAAAGGAUUAUCCCAAUGCCGUCAAAUUAGCUCUUGAUGUGGCAGGGUUUGAUUUUGUUGAGUUGCAUUUCGCUAAUGGGUACAUUGCCAGUCAAUUUUUGCACCCAAAGAUCAACACCAGAACUGACAAGUACGGAGGACCAAUUGAAAACAGAGCCAGGUUUAUCUUGGAAGCCUUUGACAACAUUUUCAAAGUGGCUGAUGCACAAAGAGUGGGUGUUCGGUUUUCUCCAGCAAAUGUGUUUCAAGAACCUGGAAUCAAUCCUUCAAGUAAAGAGGACUAUACUUAUAUUCUCAAGCAGUUACAAAAGCGGGCCGAUGAGGGACAUCAAUUAGCAUUUAUUGACCUCGUUGAUGGUGUUUACGAUGCCGAUGAUGUCCAGUCACCAGCAAAUGUCAACUACUUUUUUGAUUUGUGGAAGGGUGUCAUUUUGAAAGGGGGAAACUACACCGAAGAUAAAAACGAGGGAUGGAAGAAAAUCCUUCAAGAUGCUGACGCAAAUGAUCGUACAUUGGUUGGGUUUGGAAGACACUUUAUUGCCAAUCCUGACCUUCCGCAAAGAAUCAAGAACGGCCAAGACUUGAAUGCCUAUGAUAGAUCAACUUUUUACACAACAUUUGACUAUGGAUACAACACCUAUCCUGAAUUUGGUGAAACAAGAGAAGCAGAUCCUCACGCCAAGGUGGCGCCAAAACCAUUAGUUCACUAA